AUGGCAGAAGCCAGAAUCUCCGUUAAAGAUCGCAUAUUGCACUUUGAUAUAUUAUAUUGUGUAAUCGAAGGAUAUUUGAAAAGAUUAAAUGUAUUCGUAAAAAAUUUGUUCAAUCUAACACCGGAUACCUUUGGCAGGACGGCAGCAAGCCAACAGUUGAAUUCUAAUUCAGUUUCUAGUAAUGAUGAUUGCGAUGAGUUAAUCAAACGUCGAAAAUUUGAUUCAAUAAUUGCUAAUGCCGUUGGUAAAUGA